GCCGAGGCGGAGCUGAUGGCUGCGCUGACGGCGGGGCGGGGUGCAGGCGGCGGCCUUCGGGCGUGGCGGGCUUUGGGGGGCGUCGCUUGGGGGAAGGGUCCCCUGCUGACCGCUGACCCCCGGGCUCCGCCGACGUCAGGGGCUCCCGACCGCCGCGCCCGGGUGCCCGUGGGGGCCCCGCGCGGGGCGCGAGCGGCGUCUGCGGCCCCAGGUCCGCGCGCACGGCCGGCUGUGCGGGCUGCGGGCCCCGGCGCCCGGGACGCCUGCAGCAGCUGGGGCGCGGGCAGCGGCCGGCGGGGCUGGCUGGCGCUGGCGGCGGCGGCGGGCGCGGGCGCGGCGGGCUGGCUGCUGGUGUGGCGCUGGGGGCGCGCGCCCCCCGCCGUGCUGGCCGCCGUGCCCGCGCCGCCGCCCGGCUCUCCCCGCAGCCAGUACAACUUCAUCGCGGACGUGGUGGAGAAGACAGCCCCGGCUGUGGUCUACAUCGAAAUCCUGGACCGGCACCCCUUCUCGGGCCGCGAAGUCCCCAUCUCAAACGGCUCAGGAUUCGUGGUGGCUUCCGAUGGGCUCAUCGUUACCAACGCCCACGUGGUGGCCGAUCGGCGCCGGGUGCGAGUGAGGCUGCCUAGCGGAGACACUUACGAGGCCAUGGUCACAGCCGUGGACCCUGUGGCAGACAUUGCCACGCUGAGGAUUCAGACCAAGGAGCCCCUUCCCACCCUGCCCCUCGGCCGCUCUGCUGACGUCCGGCAAGGGGAGUUUGUUGUUGCCAUGGGGAGUCCCUUCGCACUGCAGAACACCAUCACAUCUGGCAUUGUCAGCUCUGCUCAGCGUCCUGCCAGGGACCUGGGACUCCCUCAGACCAACGUGGAGUACAUUCAGACCGAUGCAGCCAUUGACUUUGGAAAUUCUGGAGGUCCCCUAGUUAACCUGGAUGGGGAGGUGAUUGGAGUGAACACCAUGAAGGUGACAGCUGGAAUCUCCUUUGCCAUCCCUUCUGACCGCCUUAGGGAGUUUCUGCAUCGCGGGGAGAAGAAAAACUCCUGGUUUGGAAUCGGUGGGUCCCAGCGCCGCUACAUCGGAGUGAUGAUGCUAACCCUGACUCCCAGCAUCCUCGCUGAACUACAGCUGCGAGAGCCAAGCUUCCCUGACGUUCAGCACGGUGUCCUCAUCCAUAAAGUUAUCCUGGGCUCUCCUGCACACAGGGCUAGUCUUCGGCCGGGUGAUGUGAUCUUGGCCAUUGGAGAGAAAAGGGUACAAAAUGCGGAAGACGUCUACGAGGCUGUUCGAACCCAAUCGCAGCUGGCAGUGCGGAUUCGUCGUGGAUCAGAAACCCUGACCUUGUAUGUGACCCCUGAGGUCACAGAAUGACUGGCGUAGCAAGAGUGUGAAGCUCCUGCUCUGAUUCCCUCACCUUCCUAGCCUAGGUUCUGAGCGCACCUGGGCUGGGGAGUCAAUGGACCUAGAGAGGGCAGGUCCCCCUAACCAUCAGCACCAAUCCUGGGCUCUGAAGAACACAUUUUAUAUAAAAUAAAAUUAUACCUAGCAA